AUGUUAGGAGCUAGAAACGUUUUAUUAAGAGGUUCUAAAUUUGGUGGUAACCGUGUUGCCACCCGUUUGCAAUCUACCAAGGUUCAAGGUACUGUUAUUGGUAUCGAUUUAGGUACUACUAAUUCUGCAGUUGCUAUUAUGGAAGGUAAAGUACCAAAAAUUAUUGAAAAUGCUGAAGGUGCUAGAACCACACCAUCUGUUGUUGCUUUUACUAAGGAUGGUGAACGUUUAGUUGGUAUUCCAGCUAAACGUCAAGCUGUUGUUAACCCAGAAAACACUUUAUUUGCUACUAAACGUUUGAUUGGUCGUCGUUUUGAAGAUGUUGAAGUCCAAAGAGACAUCAAGCAAGUUCCAUACAAGAUCGUUAAACAUAGUAACGGUGAUGCUUGGGUUGAAGCUAGAGGUCAAACCUAUUCUCCAGCUCAAAUCGGUGGUUUCGUUUUAAAUAAGAUGAAGGAAACUGCAGAAGCUUACUUGGGUAAAGCAGCUAAGAACGCUGUUGUUACUGUCCCAGCUUAUUUUAACGAUUCUCAAAGACAAGCUACUAAAGAUGCUGGUCAAAUUGUCGGUUUGAAUGUUUUACGUGUUGUUAACGAACCAACUGCUGCAGCUUUGGCCUACGGUUUGGAAAAAUCAGACUCUAAGGUUGUUGCUGUCUUCGAUUUAGGUGGUGGUACUUUCGAUAUCUCCAUUUUGGAUAUUGACAAUGGUGUGUUUGAAGUUAAAUCUACUAACGGUGAUACUCAUUUGGGUGGUGAAGAUUUCGAUAUUUCCUUAGUUAGAGAAAUUGUCUCCCGUUUCAAGACUGAAUCUGGUAUUGAUUUAGAAAAUGACCGUAUGGCUAUUCAAAGAAUUAGAGAAGCUGCUGAAAAGGCUAAGAUUGAAUUAUCUUCCACCGUUUCUACCGAAAUUAACUUGCCUUUCAUCACUGCCGAUGCUUCUGGUCCAAAACAUAUUAACAUGAAAUUUAGCAGAGCUCAAUUCGAAACUUUGACUGAACCUCUGAUCAAAAGAACAGUCGACCCUGUUAAGAAAGCUUUGAAAGACGCUAACAUGUCCACAUCAGAUAUCUCUGAUGUCUUGUUAGUUGGUGGUAUGUCCAGAAUGCCAAAGGUUGUUGAAACCGUCAAGUCUUUGUUUGGUAAAGAACCAUCUAAGGCUGUUAACCCAGAUGAAGCUGUUGCUAUUGGUGCUGCCAUUCAAGGUGCUGUUUUAUCCGGUGAAGUUACUGACGUUUUAUUGUUAGAUGUUACACCAUUAUCCUUGGGUAUUGAAACUUUAGGUGGUGUCUUCACAAGAUUGAUUCCAAGAAACACUACUAUUCCAACCAAGAAAUCCCAAAUCUUCUCUACCGCUGCUGCUGGUCAAACCUCUGUUGAAAUCAGAGUCUUCCAAGGUGAAAGAGAAUUAGUUAGAGACAACAAAUUGAUUGGUAACUUUACUUUAUCUGGUAUUCCACCAGCUCCAAAGGGUGUUCCACAAAUUGAAGUUUCCUUCGAUAUUGAUGCUGAUGGUAUCAUCAACGUUUCUGCCAGAGAUAAGGCCUCCAACAAGGAUGCUUCUAUUACUGUUGCUGGUUCAUCUGGUCUAUCUGAAUCCGAAAUUGAACAAAUGGUUAAUGAUGCCGAAAAGUUCAAGUCUCAAGAUGAAGCUAGAAAGAAGUCCAUUGAAACUGCUAACAAAGCAGACCAAUUGGCCAACGAUACCGAAGCUUCUUUGAAGGAAUUCGAAGGUAAGGUUGACAAGGCUGAAGCUCAAAAGGUUACUGACCAAAUCACUUCUUUAAGAGAAGUUAUUGCUAGAGUCCAAGCUGGUGAAGAAGUCAAUGCUGAAGAUUUAACUUCCAAGACCGAAGAAUUACAAACCUCCUCCAUGAAGUUAUUCGAACAAAUGUACAAGAACCAAUCCGAAAAUAAUGCUAACAAUGGAGAAACCAAACAAUAA